CGGCGGCCCCGUGCGACAUGAGAGCUGGGAAGAUUCACCGAUGCGGGCCCGGCCUCGGAAGCCGAUUCGCACAAAUAUUUGGAAUGCAGUUCAACAAAUCUCAUGCACUGCUCCUUGUGUCUAUAAGGUUCUGUCAAUGGUACAAUGGACCGAUUCGGCCAUAUGAUUCGGUGGGAGCGAGUUCCAAGUCAAAUCAACAAACUGCAAAACCUUGUCGCUCCAUCAUCCGCCGCCGGAGAGAACCCGAGUGCCACCCGUUGCCGGAAGAGAAGACGUCCCAUGGAGUGAGUUAUAUUCGUCUCCGGUAGUCGAGGUAUAACUUCGCCUUCGUGGCGCCUGUGCGGAGUGGCUUGUCCCACACGCUUUGAGACCCUCAAUCAUGUCUGGCGAACAGACUCCAGUGCUUAAUCGUCCCACGCCGGUCUCGCAGUCAAUCUUCCAGCAGACAUAUGGUGGAUCGUUGGCAUGCUGCCAGAUUAUGCUGGUUUUCUAUGGACUCUCUGUCUUGCAGAGCUACUUGUACUUCAUUCGAUAUGAGAAAGAUCGUAUUUACUUGAGGCUACUGGUCCUAGUAUUGUUUUGCUUGUCGACAGUACAUUCGAUUUUUGUGUGUCACACUGUGUGGCACUACCUUGUUUUCAGCUACACUGAUGUGGCUUUACUUACUGACGGGGAAUGGUCUGUCUACGCGGCGACAACUGUUGGGGUCGUCACCUGCUUCUUAGUCCAAUGCUUCUUUGCGAGGACGUUAUACCAGUUGCUGAAAGGAAGAUGGAGAUUGAUUAUCACAACGGUCAUGAUCGUCUUGAUUUUGGCUCAGCUCGGAUUCGGAAUCACGCUUUCCUACAAACUGUUUCAGAUAUGGCAGCUGUAUCUUCUCAAGGAAGCCGUCUACAUCUCAAUGAUCCCUCUGUUCUGUGUUCGGAUGGCAGCAGAUGCUGUCACUGCCACCACGUUAUGUGUCGCGCUCUACGAAACGACGACCGACUUCCGAAGUUCCGUAAAGCUCAUAAAGAUGCUCAUCAUGUAUGCUGUCAACCGGUUCGUCCUGACGACUGUCGUGGUCGCAGUACAAACAAUUGUUCUGAUCGUCCGGCCAGGUGAAAUCUGGGCAAUGGUUCUCGAGUUCAUCACCGUACACAUCUACGUGAACAGUCUGCUGGCGACGCUGAACGCGCGCGAUCACCUCCGUCACAUCGGGACUGGCUCGUCGAUGGCCAUCGAAUCGCGCGUGCCGACUGGACGAUCUGCGCUGGUGUUCCGCUCGGGCCCCAUCGGCCGCUUCGACGACACUCUGGACGAGUCCUCGGGGGCUACCACAACGGAGCAUGUGCACGUCGACCUCCUGAGGAGCUUGGACCGUCCCGGCGGCCGUGACCGAAGCUUCGAGCUCGGUGAUCUGGACAAGAAGAUCAAGGCUUCGGAGACUGCGGACAACUCCGAUCGGCUGGUGUGACCAACCGAGUGAAUGCCGGGAUUGUACGCGGCGGUGGGCAAAUGGAGUUACUUGUGGGACGAGUCGGAUCGAGCCGUUUUCUCUCACUUCCGUUUGGCAGAUGGACGCUGUCAAUGCUACAUUCCACUCAUUGCCCUGAUCAUCACCUGUGUAAGUUAUGGGAACCCGCUGUACAAUGUAAUGGUACUGUCAGUGCCUGCCCUGCUGGUCUGGCGCAUGCAGACAUGAAAGCCUAACACCUGUCGCGUGUACCGCCUGAUG